GAAGCUAGUUUUUGCCGCCAUCUUGCGUCAAAAAAAUACCAUAGGUCACUAAAAUGUUGGCUUUUCGUAUUGGUCGAAGUACCGGUGCCUUCGAAAAAGCAGCCACCUGAUUGGUCUGUUUAUCUGCGAGGCGAUUCGCCGUCUAUCUUGCAGAUGGCGGAGCCGGACAGCGGUUGCUGCUGCUAGCUAAUCGUUUUGUUUCUAAAUGAAAUGUGAAAUGUGCAUCGUUUUGAGAGCAUUUUAGUUAAACUCCUAUUUUAUUCUCUUGAGUUUUCACAUGAAAUUGUAAGUCUUAUUUAAUGCGCGCGUUUUGUACAGUAUUUAUUUGGCAGCAAGUAGCCCGGUUAGCAUCUUUGUUGGAAGUUUAGGCCUACUGUGCCUCCGCUUGUCGAUUUUAACAAUAGCCGCGAUACCCUCCCCUACUCUGCUUGUUUUGAUACAUUCAAAGGAUUACCUUUAAGCAAACGGAGAAAGAACAUGGACGAUAAACAGGUUUGGGUAUCUUUUAGUAACUGAGACAUUUGUUAUGCUAAAGGACAUUUAAUCUCACUGGAAUUGAAGACAUUUUGCGAGGUGAAAUCACAAAACAUUAGGAUCACAAAGGAAGAUGUCCAACGGCGCAGCAGGAAGCGGGGGUCUUUCGUGGAUGGAGGCUGCGAAUGGCAGAGGUGAUACUGGCAAGAUGGAAGGGACCAAGAAAGACAAGGCCGGUUCCAAGUUGUCUGUGGAGAGAGUGUACCAGAAGAAGACCCAGCUCGAGCACAUUCUUCUCCGUCCAGACACGUACAUCGGCACCGUGGAGCCCAUCACCCAGCAAAUGUGGGUUUUUGAUGAAGAAAUAGGAAUGAACCAGAGGGAAAUCACCUACGUUCCUGGGCUGUACAAAAUCUUUGAUGAAAUUCUGGUCAAUGCAGCAGACAACAAACAAAGGGACAAAAACAUGAAUGCCAUUAAGAUCACCAUUGAUCCUGAGUCCAACACCAUUUCUGUCUGGAACAAUGGUAAAGGAAUCCCUGUGGUUGAGCACAAGGACGAGAAGAUGUACGUCCCUGCUCUCAUCUUCGGCCACCUGCUCACCUCCAGCAACUACGACGACGAUGAGAAAAAGGUCACAGGUGGAAGGAACGGCUACGGUGCUAAACUCUGUAACAUCUUCAGUACCAAGUUCACAGUAGAAACUGCCUGCAAGGAAUACAGACACAGUUUCAAACAGACAUGGCAGAACAACAUGAACAAGACCUCUGACCCCAAGAUCAAGUUCUUUGAUGGGGACGAUUUCACCUGCGUGACGUUCCAGCCAGACCUGUCCAAGUUCAAGAUGGACAAACUGGACAAGGAUAUUGUAGCACUCCUUACCCGCAGAGCAUAUGAUGUAGCCGGUUCCUGCAGGGGGGUUAAAGUCACACUGAACGGGAAAAAAGUACCAGUUACUGGCUUCCGCAGCUAUGUGGAUUUGUAUGUGAAGGACAAACUGGACGAGACGGGCGUUGCUCUGAAGGUGGUGAAUGAGACUGUGAAUGAUCGCUGGGAGGUUUGCCUCACCCUGAGCGAGAAGGGAUUCCAACAAAUCGGCUUUGUCAACAGCAUCGCCACGACCAAGGGCGGCAGACACGUUGACUAUGUGGUGGAUCAGAUAGUGUCUAAACUUAUUGAAGUGGUGAAGAAGAAGAACAAGGCGGGAGUGACGGUCAAACCCUUCCAGGUAAAGAACCAUAUCUGGGUGUUUGUGAACGCACUGAUCGAGAACCCCACCUUUGACUCCCAGACCAAGGAGAACAUGACUCUCCAGACCAAGAGCUUUGGGUCCAAGUGCCUUCUGUCAGAGAAGUUCAUCAGGGCUGCAACCAACUGUGGGAUCGUUGAGAGCAUACUCAACUGGGUAAAGUUCAAAGCUCAGACCCAGCUUAAUAAGAAGUGCUCAUCUGUGAAGUACAGCAAGAUCAAAGGCAUUCCCAAGCUAGACGACGCCAACGAUGCCGGUGGCAAACACUCCUCUGAAUGCACACUCAUCCUCACUGAGGGAGACUCAGCCAAGUCUCUGGCUGUCUCUGGACUCGGAGUCAUCGGGCGCGAUCGUUACGGAGUGUUCCCGCUCAGAGGAAAGAUCCUAAAUGUGCGAGAGGCAACCCAUAAGCAGAUAAUGGAAAAUGCUGAGAUUAACAAUAUCAUCAAAAUCGUCGGCCUCCAAUACAAGAAGAGCUACGAAGACCCUGAGUCACUGCGGACCCUGCGCUACGGCAAGAUCAUGAUCAUGACCGAUCAGGAUCAAGAUGGCUCCCAUAUCAAAGGUCUGCUCAUCAACUUCUUCCACCACAACUGGCCAUCCCUGCUGAAACACACAUUCCUGGAGGAGUUUAUCACACCCAUUGUCAAAGUAAACAAGAACAAGCAGGAGAUGGCCUUCUACAGCAUUCCAGAGUUUGACGAGUGGAAGAAACAGACAGAGAACUAUAAAACCUGGCACAUAAAGUACUACAAAGGUUUGGGUACAAGUACAAGCAAAGAGGCAAAGGAAUACUUUUCAGACAUGGAGAAGCAUCGCAUCACAUUCAGAUACAGCGGUGCAGAGGACGACGCUGCCAUUACCCUGGCCUUCAGUAAAAAGAAGACUGAUGACAGGAAGGAGUGGCUGACAAACUUCAUGGAAGACAGACGCCAGAGGAGGAUGCACGGCCUGCCAGAGCAAUACCUGUAUGGAACUAAUGCCAGGCACCUCUCCUACAAUGACUUCAUUAACAAAGAGCUGAUUCUGUUCUCCAACUCUGACAACGAGAGAUCCAUUCCAUCCUUGGUUGAUGGUUUAAAGCCAGGCCAGAGGAAGGUGCUGUUCACCUGCAUGAAGAGGAACGACAAGAGGGAAGUGAAAGUAGCGCAGCUGGCCGGUUCAGUGGCGGAGAUGUCUGCCUACCAUCAUGGAGAGCAAGCUCUCAUGAUGACCAUAGUGAACUUGGCCCAGAACUUUGUGGGCAGUAACAACGUGAACCUCCUGCAGCCACUGGGUCAGUUUGGUACUCGCAUCAACGGAGGCAAAGAUGCUGCCAGCCCUCGUUACAUCUUCACCAUGCUCAGUCCCCUUGCCAAGCUGUUGUUCCCAUCGGGGGAUUCCAACCUGCUCAAGUUCCUGUACGAUGACAACCAGAAGGUGGAGCCCGAGUGGUACAUUCCCAUCAUUCCACUGGUGCUAGUGAAUGGCGCCGAGGGCAUCGGAACAGGCUGGGCGUGUAAGAUCCCCAACUACGACCCCCGAGAGAUCGUCAACAACAUCAACCGCAUGCUCAACCACCAGGACCCCCUGCCAAUGCUUCCCAGCUACAAAAACUUCAAAGGAGUGAUCCAUGAACUGGGUCAGAACCAGUACCUGGUCAGUGGAGAGGUGUCGGUCAUCGACAGAAACACCAUCGAGAUCACAGAGCUUCCUGUUCGGACAUGGACACAGGCGUAUAAGGAGUCUGUGCUGGAGCCGAUGCUGCAGGGCAGUGACAAAACACCUGCUCUCAUCAAUGAUUAUAAGGAAUACCACCCCCCCCAGAACCGGAGGUGUUUUUUUUUUUUAUUUUAAAAAGAAACUUCCCCAAACCGUUUUUUUUUUUUCGAGGAGAAACGCGAGUCAGUUGGUCUUCACAAAGUCUUCAAGCUGCAGUCCAGCCUUACCUGCAACUCCAUGGUGCUGUUUGAUCACAUGGGCUGUAUGAAGAGGUACGAUUCGGUCCAAGACAUCCUCCGGGAGUUCUUUGAGCUCCGCCUGCACUACUACAAACUGAGGAAGGACUGGUUACUGGGCAGCCUGGGGGCCGAGGCCGCUAAACUGUCCAACCAGGCUCGCUUUGUGCUGGAGAAGAUCGAAGGAAAAAUUACAAUCGAGAACAAAUCCAAGCGUGAAUUGAUCCGCAUGCUGGUCCAGAAAGGCUAUGAGUCUGAUCCUGUGGCUGCCUGGUCCAAGUCUCAGGAAAAGGCUCAGGAAGAAGAGGAUCGUGACGGCAAUGAGAGCGACAGCUCGGUGGACUCUGGCUCCUCGUCGGGUCCAAACUUCAACUACAUCCUCAACAUGCCUCUGUGGUGCCUGUCUAAAGAGAAGGUGGAGGACCUGCUCAAACAGAGGGACCACAAGAGAGCAGAGCUGAACGAUCUCCAGAAGAAACACGCCGAAGAUCUGUGGAAGGAGGACUUGGCCGUGUUCAUCGAGGAACUGGAUAAAGUGGAGGCCCAUGAGCGAGAGGAGCAGAGUUUAGGGAAGGCCGUCAAACUGGUGAAGGGGAAGGUGGGCAAACCCAAAGCCAAGAAGCUGAACCUGGAGGAGACCAUGCCCUCACUGUUUGGUCGCCGGGUGGAGCCUCCAACUCAGGCCAUCAGAUCUGACGCAGCCAAGAAACUGACCAAAAAGAAGAAGAGUGACAUUGAUCCAGCUGUGAAGCUGGAGUUUGAUGAGGAAGGUUUGGGCGGUGAGGGAGCAACGGGAGAAAUCUCUGUAGCCAAACCAAAGGCUCCACGUGUCAAGAAAGAGAAGAAAGAGCCUGGAGCUCCCAGAGUGAGGAAACCCCCAGGACCCAAAGGUGUACCUGCUAAGAAGGUGAAGAAGAGGAACCCCUGGUCUGAGGACGAGUCCAAGUCCGACAGUGACCUGGAGAACAGCCAGCCUGUCAUCAUCCCCAGAGAGACCAAGUCCCAGAGGGCAUCAGCUGCCAAGCCCAAAUAUACGUUUGACUUCUCGGAGGAGGAGGAUGAGGCCGCCGACGAGGAGAACGGCGAGAACGACGUGGCCUCAUCUCCGAUGAGGUCAUUUAAAGAAGACUUCCUGUCCUCUGAGACCAAGGAGCGCUACAGCGACCAUCACGAUGACGACGACGAUGACGAUGAUGACGAUAACGAAGACUCCUAUUCUGCCCUCCCCAAAAAGACCACGUCUGCACCUGUAGCUAAAAAGCAAGAGACAACCAGCAUGUUCUCGUCCAAGUCAGCCGUCUCAGAAAAAAACAAUGACAGUGAUGGGUCCAAGUCUGACAGCGACGACGACAUAGCCCCGGUGUUCUCCACUUACUCCAGCAGCUCUGCAUUUGACAAACUCUCACCAGCAAAGAAAGCAGCUAAGAAGCCGUCUGAUGCAGCUCCCAAACCUAAGAAGCCACCAGCACCAAAAGCAAAGAAGCCUGAUAAAUCCAUCUGGGACUCUGACUCUGACACUGGGUCCAAGAAGCCAGCCUCAACUCUUAAAGGCAAAGGCAGAGGGAGAAAGAGGAAGGGCUCUGGCUCUGAAGACGAGUACAGUCCAAUGAAGAAAAUGGCAAAACCUGUCGGCAGAAAGCCUCAGAAACCUCCAUCAGAUGACGAGGAUGAUGACAGCAACAGCCUGAGUGCGAAGAGCGCUCAGUCCCGGGACCGGCCGGGACGGGCCAAGAAGGAAGUCAAGUACUUUGACGAGUCGGACAAUGGGGGAGAAGACGACGAUGACGACAUGUUCGAUUAAAGCAACACACUUUAAACACACUCUGCUUGUAUGGAAGUUUCCUCCUCCUCCUGUGUUCCCACAGACUUUUGUACAUUUCCUCUUUCAUUUUAUUUCAUUAAUGGUGAUGUUACAAUGAUUUUUAUUGUGUAGUUGUUUUACACUUUUUAUUAUACAUAUACAGGUUUCUUUUUUUAUGCUCAUUGAAAUGUUCUGUAUUUGUCCCGAAGCGGCUUUUAGAAGUUUAGAACGCUGUGCUUUAGCACAUUUUAAUUGUUGAAAUACUAUGUAACUUUUUGAACAUGAAGUUGAAAAGUAAACAAUGAAAUGUC